GUAGCAUGGACGCGGCUGUCAUAAAAUUCAACCAGGUUGAGAAAAGAAAGUGAGUGUACCUAAUCUUACAAGUAUUUCGAACUUGGGAGAGCGUCAUCAUAGCAAGGAUGGCUAAUAUGGCAAAUAAGCCAUACAUGCCAGCAUGAAAAUAGCAAUUGAAACGAAAGGCUUGCCGUCCAGAUCGGGAUAUCAAUGGCCGUCAAAAAGACCCAGUCCUUCCCACCGAUGACACAGUUCAACAACAAUCCACUUCUCCUCGCGAGCCGGACACUCGAUUUUCGGCAACAAAAAUUACUUCAUUCUCGGGUAUUUCGACAAUACCAUAUGUUAUAACGACACACGAAGGGACCGCCUCUAGAGCCUUAAUUUCGACCCUCGCACUCCCGAAGCAACCCCGCGCAAAAAGAAAUGUCCGGCCUCGACUCCCCCGACAUAAGCGCGGCGUACGACGCCGUCCGGUCCGACAAGGACGCCACGAACUGGCUGCUCCUAUCGUACGCGGGCGCCGUGGGCGACAAGCUGGUGCUCUCCGGCACGGGGACGGGCGGUCUGGAAGAGCUCGGGGCGAAGCUGGACGACAGCCAGGCCCAGUACGCGUACGUGCGGGUCGAGUACGCCAACGACACGGAGAGCACGAGGGUCAAGUUCGUGCUGCUGAUCUGGAUCGGCGAGGGCACCAAGGUCAUGCGCAAGGCGCGCGUCUCCAUCGAGUCGGGCGCCGUCAAGAGGGCCCUGAGCCACCACAGCAUCUCGGUUGACGCGCGGGACCGUAGCGAUAUCGACCAGAAGGAGAUUGUGGCUCGAUUGAGACGAGCGGGAGGGGCGGAUUACAACGGUGGACGAGGUUAAGAGACGAGAAAUGGAAGGAGAUGGGAGGGGAGAGCAACAAAUGAGACAUACCCUCCUUGGAGUUGCACGACAGGUGUGGCUAAAGAGGGGUAUCUUUCAUCGGGUUUGCUUUUUCGACAAUACAUCAUCGUCCCCCCACUCCUUUUCACGACAAGCCACGAAACCACGAAACCAUACUUUUUUAUAUAACAUAGCGAGGC